GUUACUCCAGGCUGACCAGCAGGUGGCGCUGUCCGGAGGAGCUCCGUACAGCAAGAUGGUCUAUUCUCGCUGGUUGUUGCACAUGUGUGUAGUCUGAACUCAGAGGCUGUGAGCGGAAGGUAUGUCCUUAUAAUUGUCCCAUUUUGGAGAACAAAAGCUGAAUUAUUUGUGAUGCUGACAAUGAAGACGCUGCAUCUAAUAUGCAGAAAUUGCAGAACGCUGCCAAAUGUUCUGUUCCAGUAUGGGCACAAUCCAGCUUUCCUGUCUACCUCCUGCACCGCACACAGCAAGAAAAAGAAAGUAAAUGGCUAUGGAGACAUUGACCAGGAGAAGUACGCUAAUCUAGUUCGGACGGUUACAUCCUCUAAGACUAGUUGUCAGACUCCAGAGAGGAUAUUUGAAGAAGACAGCUUCUUGUAUGGUAAAGUGGUAAAAUCAAAGGCAUCAUCACAAGAACCUGAAACUAGGGCGCCCCAGAAUCGUUCAUUGAUGUUAAAUUCCAACAAAGUGAUACUGUCUGCGGAGAAGACGGACCCCAGUAUACCAGUGAGAAUUGCCUUACCAGCCAGAGAUCAGAUGGCAAACGACAGACUGCCAAGUGUCACCCGUAUCCUUCAACAGACCAUGCCAAUGGAGCAAGCCUUUUAUUUGGAAAGGUGGAAGCAAAGAAUGAUAAUGGAACUAGGAGAAGAAGGGUUCAUUGAGUACACAGCGGCUGUUUUCUCACAGGGAAAGUUGUUCCAUGCAAGGCUGGAGGAUCUGCUUGUAUCUAGAGAUGACAGCAUUCAAAGACCAGAAGAUACUGAUAAGAUGUUGGGGUACCUGGCCAGUGUGGAUCAUGUCCUCUCUGAAGUUUCAGAGUUGAGGACACUGGAAAGUACAGUUCAACACUCUGAGCUAAAGUACUUGGGCAUCGUAGAUUGUGUUGCUCAUUAUAGGGGAAGACUUUGCAUAAUAGAAUGGAAAACCUCAGAGAAGCAGAAGACACACAUACAGAGAACCUUUGACAAUCCACUGCAGGUUGCUGCCUAUGUUGGCGCUCUUAAUCAUGAUGCCAAUUAUAACUUUCAAGUUGAUUGUGGUUUGGUAGUGGUGGCCUAUAAAGAUGGAUCCCCUGCACACGCACAUUUUAUGGACCCUGAGCUGUGCACGCAUUACUGGGACAAGUGGCUGUUGCGUCUGGAAGAAUAUAAGGAGAAAAAGGAGGAAAAACAAUAGAAAUGAUGGAUGUUCUCUGUGCUGGACACUUGAGAUUACAGUGACUUUUAGCUACAUAACGGGUGUAAUUUAGAGAGCUGUCGCUCGUUUAUAAAUGAAUUACCAUCAUGUGAUGCUUUUAAAGCCCAACUUUAGAAAAGCAGUGGGGCCCUGCAUUGGUUAAAUGCUCAGUAUGUGUAGGGGUGCACACUUUUAACCCUACUCAGGUGCUCUCUUCCUCUGCCCAAAGCUCUGAUCUGUGGGCAGAGCCUCAGUGUCAUUUCAUACAAUACAGGGCUAAUAUCCCUGGCUUGUACGUUGAGGUUGGCAUGCAAACGGAUCCAAUCGCAGCUUACAGAGCAGGCUGCAAGGGACUGAUCACAGCACUGGAGGGACCCUGCUUUUUUUUCUUAAUUCCUUGAGUUGGACUUUAAGGAGAUUGAGAAAACAUAUAAGGGCUUAAGGCCAGGUUUAGGCUGCAUUUACA